CCUCCCGGCUACCAUGAUGCAGAUCUGCGACACCUAUAACCAAAAGCACUCGCUCUUUAACGCCAUGAAUCGCUUCAUCGGCGCCGUGAACAACAUGGACCAGACGGUGAUGGUGCCCAGCCUGCUGCGGGAUGUGCCCCUGGCGGAGCCAGGGCUAGAUAACGAGGUCGGCGUGGAGGUCGGCAGUAGUGGCAGCUGCCUGGAGGAGAGCACGACCCCGACUCCCAGCCCAGGCAGCGCUAAUGGCAGCUUUUUUGCGCCUUCCCGGGACAUGUACAGCCACUACGUGCUCCUUAAGUCUAUCCGCAACGACAUCGAAUGGGGAGUCCUGCACCAGCCGACGCCCCCGCCGGCAGGGAGCGAGGAGAACAGCGCCUGGAAGUCCAAGGACAUCCUAGUGGAUCUGGGCCACCUGGAGAGCGCAGACGCCGGCGAGGAAGACCUGGAGCAGCAGUUUCACUACCACCUGCGCGGGCUCCACACGGUGCUCUCCAAACUCACCCGCAAAGCCAACAUCCUCACCAACAGAUACAAGCAGGAGAUCGGCUUUGGCAAUUGGGGCCACUGAGGCAGGCCGCUUCCGGCUGCCCAGCACCCUCUCUCGUGCCCCCCCCCUUCCACUGUCUUUCUUCAAAGCUAUUUUCUUCCUGGUUGUGGGUCGCGAAGGGCAGACUACAAAGUUGUGCUUUGUACGUGCAGGGGGCUCUGUGGGGUUCUGUGUUGCAGAGGGUGGCAUUUGGGAGAGGCGAGGAGCGAGGGAGCGGGAGAAGGAGGCCUUAGGACCAUCCUGGGAUGGGAACUAACUGCAUUGUGCAUUGGUGGGAACGAGACUGGGCUGACGCCCGCAUUCAGCCGGUGCCUUUCCUGGGGUUUCUUUUCUGUUCUUCUUUCCGGAAGAAAAGGGGCCGUGGCAGGGCGCGGCGCUGGGUUGCCACACUUGGGAGUGCAACCCCAAGCCGGGUACUGCGGAAGGCGGGGCGCGCAGCCUCCAACCGGCCCUGUCGUGGAGCCGGUGGAGGCCUUGGCAUUGCUAGGAUUGCAUCAGUUUUCCUGUUUGUAACCGUGGCCCUUGUCUUUAAGUAUUUCAGAUCAUCUUGUUCUAAAAACUUCGGUGAUUUCCAUUGUCCUUGUGAUAAGCGCACAAACUGCACUGUCGGUAACCGGUACUAUUUUAUUAAUGAUUUUCUGUUACACUGUAUAGUAGUCCUGUGGCACCCCCACCCCAUCCCUCUCACCCCACCCCACCCCACCCCCACCCCAGUGUGUGUAAGCUGGCAAUGCGCCAGCUUGUAUGAAGCUUGCCACUCAGCCAGUGAAAAUAAUAACAUUAGUAUGAGAAAGUGGAUUUAUUCUAAGUGGAAUCAACUGACAUUCUAUCUGUUGGCUAUAGAAUGAUGACGGGUUCCACUGUUGUUAUAUGUCUUCAAUUUAUUUAAAACUUUUUUUAAUCCAGAUGUAGACUAUAUUCUAAAAAAUAAAAGCGCGAAUGUGUUAAAUAAACUGGACUAGCGUUUGUUGCUCUUUAACUUGCCAGUGCAGUGGCUACAUUAGUCCUUCAAUAAAGUUGAAUUGAUUUUUGUUUA